AUGCGCUUUCUUCACCUUGCUAUCCUCUCGGGCUUAGCAUGCUUAUCCUUCGCGGCCCCAAUCACAAAUUCUACCAUUCCUCGAAUCCUCCCUAAUGGCUUGCCAGUUCCAAGUCCGAGUGAGCUAGAGUUGAUUGAAGACAGAGCUCAUGGAACUCUGCCCAACGGACCUCCUCCACCCAGCAUCAGUGAAGGAGGGCUGACCAACCUCAAACUGGUGGCAUUCAAUGAGCUGUUUGAGGUGGCUUUCUUUCAUGAACUCAUCACGAACAUCACCGACAAGGUCCUGGGUUACCGCUUCUCAAAUGAAGAUGAUUAUUACUUUGUUCUUCGUGGCUUGAAAGCUAUCUUGGCGCAAGAGGAGCUACACGUCCUUGAUGCUAACAAUGCUCUUGCUCACUUUAGUAUCGAUCCCAUCGAGCCAUGCAAGUACAAUUUCCCCGUCCAGGAUUUCGAUUCCGCCAUUCUUCUGGCCAGCACCUUCACAGACGUGGUUCUUGGUACUCUGCAGGACGUCGUGGAGCGCUUCGCUAUUGGUGGUGAUUUUGGAUUGUCGCGCGUGGUCUCAUCAAUCAUCGGACAAGAGGGUGAACAGCAGGGUUGGUUCCGCAUCAUGCAGGGAAAGAUCCCUAGCGAACUGCCAUUCCUGACAACCAGUGACCUAAACUUUGCGUUUACGGCAAUUCAAAGCUUCAUUGUUCCGAACAGUUGUCCGAACAUUGGCUCUAUUCCACUCGAAACACUCGAACCGUUGAAUGUCAUCAGGCCUCCGACUGCGAAGACCGGGAACAUCAUGGUAUCUUUCUUCGACCAUCAUCACGAGACCGUUGAAAGCAUCCUGUGGAUGGUCUACAUCAAUCAGCAAAACGUCCCCGUUGUUGAACCUCUGCAUGUCAUCUCCCGAGAAGACAAUGAGGUCGUUGCCGAGGCUUUAUUUCCUUGGGACGCAUAUCAGAUGAACGGACUGACUUUUGCUGUGGUUACUGCGACCGAGGGACCCUUCGCAAAUGCAUAUACCGUGGCUAAGGCUACUAUUGCUGGUCCAGGUAUUUUCAUCAUCAACUGA